CCCUCUCUUUUUUCUCUCUUUUCUUCGCGCUUCGUAACUCGUCCCGCGGAAACGACAUCCCACCCAUUGACUUGGAAAGCAGAAGGAGACCGUCCGUUUGAAUCGGGAGCAUGAACAGUGCCCUGUCCAGGGAGAAAAACAAUGACUCCCAACAGCGUUCCUGUCUUCUUCACCUCCUUCUCUCUCUAUCCUUAAACCCCCGAGCUCUCUCUCUCUCUCUUGCUCUCUGUCGACCGCCAUGGAAUCCGAUCACUCGCCCCGGCUCACCGGCGUCGUCAUCAUCACUCUCCCCCCGCCGGACAACCCUUCGCUGGGCAAGACCAUCACGGCCUUCACCCUCACCGACGACCGCCCCCGCCCUCCCCGCCUCAAGAACCCGAUCGGCCCCCCGGCCCAUCCGCGGGAUCUCCCCCUCUGGCUGCCCCCGCGGAACCCCGAGCUCCGAUUCUCUCUCCGGCGCCUCCUCCUCGGCAGCCCCAGAGCGGUCUUGGGGUUUCUGGGUAUCCUCCUUUUCGCCUCCUUUCUCUUCGCUUCUCUGUACCCGAGGGCCGUCCAGGAGCUGCGCGAUUCCCGCGAGGACAGGGAGAGGGAGACGUUCGUUUUCCCUCUGUUCCCUAAGUCUGGCGCGGGUUUCUCGUCCAGCGAUGACGUGGAGCUCAAGUUAGGGAGGUUCGUCGGUCCCGAUGAGGAGAGACUCGUGGCUUCAAUUCAUGGAGGUACGAGGAGAGACCAGAGGAUGCCUAAUUUCGUCCGUUCUGAGGGCGUAACUGAUGCGUCUGCUAUUUUGCCCGUGACGGGAAAUGUGUAUCCAGAUGGAUUGUAUUUUACUUCCAUCCUGGUUGGGACUCCUCCAAAACGGUAUUUUCUUGAUAUGGAUACUGGGAGCGAUUUAACAUGGAUCCAAUGUGAUGCUCCGUGUAAAAGCUGUGGCAAGGGUGCCAAUGCACUCUACAAGCCAAAGAGUGGCAAAAUAGUACUGCCAAAGGACUCAUUGUGCAAGGAAGUUCAAAGGAGUGAGGGGUUUGAAUAUUGUGAGACAUGCCAACAGUGUGAUUAUGAGAUCGAGUAUGCGGAUCAUAGUUCCUCCAUGGGCGUCCUUGCAAGAGAUGAGCUCCAUCUAAAGACUACAAAUGGGUCGUUGGCCAAAGCAAAUGUGGUUUUCGGGUGUGCAUAUGAUCAGCAAGGCCAACUGCUAAACACCCUGACAAAGACAGACGGAAUAUUUGGUUUAAGCAGAUCUAGAGUCAGCUUACCUUCUCAGUUGGCAAGCCUUGGAGUGAUUAACAAUGUUGUAGGCCAUUGUCUCUCCUCAGAUGCCGCUGGAGGGGGUUAUAUGUUCCUAGGUGAUGGCUUUCUACCCAAUGAGGGCAUGUCAUGGAUCCCCAUGAUGAGCCGUCCUUCUAACAACUUAUAUCACACGGAGAUUCUCAAAGUGAAAUAUGGGAGCAGUUCACUCAAUUUAGGCGGUCAGAACAGUGGAUUAGGGCGAAUAGUUUUUGACACUGGCAGUUCCUACACAUACUUCUCCAAACAAGCGUACUCCAACUUGGUUAAUUCUCUUAGAAGUGUGGCUAGCAUGGGACUCAUCCAAGAUCAAUCGGAUGAUACACUGCCUGUGUGUUGGCGAGCUGAAUUUCCUAUCAGAUCGGUGGCUGAUGUGAAGCACAUCUUCAAGACUUUGACCCUUCAAUUUGGGAGCAAAUGGUGGAUACUGUCCACGAAAUUUCAUAUCCCUCCUGAAGGCUAUUUGAUCCUCAGUAAUAAAGGAAAUGUGUGCUUGGGCAUUCUUGAUGGAAGCAGGGUGCUUGAUGGAUCCACAAGCAUACUUGGAGAUAUAUCGUUACGCGGCAAGCUGGUGGUCUAUGACAAUGUGAACCAGAGAGUUGGGUGGAUCCGAUCUGACUGUGUCAAACCAGGAAGAUCUCAGAAGCACCCGUUUAUGUGAGGAUCAGAUUCUCAUUAAGACUGUAUUCUCCUGUAUAUGAUUUUGCGAGGCUUCUGUCCCUCCCCACAUUUGCGGCACGACCGGGUUAUAUAUUUGCAUAAAUCCUAUAUUAGAGAAGGUGAGUGAAAAUAAGAAAAAAUGGUUAGCUUGUAAAUAAAUAUACAGUGAUGGUAUAGGUGGGAUCUCAAGCCUCUGUAUUAUAAACAUAUGCUGCUACUAUCGUUUUUUUUUUUUUUUU